AUGUCUUUCAACGGCGCAGUAAAUGAACACUAUCCGACGCCCGCUGCCGCAGACGAAUCAACCGUGUCGCAUGUUCAGAAGGGCUUCAAGAUCAGCGCGCGGAAGCUUCCUAUUUCCAAAUCUGGGCCGAUCGAUGAGAUGUCACAGAAGCUAGGCAUCCCUGUUCCAGAGAUGAUUUUUGGUGAUAAUAUGGUUUCUAUCGAGCAUCUGGAAAGUGGGUGGAGGUUGGAGUUUAAUGCGUAUGAUGCUUUGGACAGAGUGGACAAGACGGGCAAAAAUAUGUUGAAGGUUGCAUACUCAAAAGAGUGGUCAAGCAGCAGGGAGAAAACGCACGAAGGUAUCAAAGAGGUGGUGAAGCCAUUCGAUUGGUCAUACACGACAGAUUACAAGGGCACCAUCACCAAGGGCAAGCCUUUCAAUAUGCCUCCUCAACAAGAUGCUGAGCGAAUCCCAAUCGAACUUCUGAAACGGCCCGACCCUAUCCUAUUCUUCGAAGAAGUGGUUCUCUACGAAAGCGAGCUCGAUGAUAAUGGAAUCUCGGUCUUAUCCUGCAAAGUGAGGGUGAUGCCCGACAGGAUGUUGCUACUCUGCCGUUUGUUUAUGAGACUUGACGGAGUCCUUGUGAGGAUCAGGGAUACUAGGAUUUACGUGGAUUUCAAUGCCGGGAAGGUUAUCCGGGAUUAUACUGAGAAGGAGGACGCUUUCGAUAAAGUGAAGAAGAGUCUUCUGUUCUCCGGAAAGCUACCAGAGGACAUAACGGUCGCACUCCGGGAUCCAAACCAGAUUGCGCAUCUGAUACCGGAAGUCAAGCACACUUUAGAGAAUUUGACUGUGCCCUGA